AUGAAUAUAUCACUUGGCACCCCGAAUUCCGAUAUUGUUCCUAUAGCUAAUACAGGAAGUGAUCUUAUUUGGACACAAUGCAAGCCUUUUUCUAAGUGUUUCAAGCAACAUGCUCCAAUUUUCAACCUUCAUAAAUCAUCAACUUACAAAAAGAUUUCUUGUUGUGCACGUCAGUGUAAGAAUCUUCAGGGGAGCUCUUGUUCUAUUCAUAAUUCUUGCCAAUAUUCAGUCUUUUAUGGUGAUAGCUCCUUCUCUGGAGGCAGUAUUGCUGCGGAUAAACUCACAUUGGCUUCGACAACCAGUAGGCCUAUAGUUGUCCCGAACAUAGUCAUCGGAUGUGGACACAACAACAGUGGAUCAUUCGGUGAGAAAACCUCGAGCAUCAUUGGCCUCGGACAAGGUGAACAUUCACAGGAAAAUUCUCGUAUUGCUUGUUACCUUAUUCCAAAAUUGGGAAGUCAUGAACUUCGCAUAAUCAUCGAUUCGGGCACUACAUUAACUCUACUCCCAACGGAAUUAUACUUGCAACUUGAAUCAGCAAUGUCUAACCAGAUUAAUGCCACAAAGAUUGAAGUUCUAAAGGGUUAUAAUUUGUUAUGCUAUGAUGCUCGAAACGACAUCGAGAUUCCCGAUGUUACAGUGCAUUUCACUGAUGUCAACGUUAAGUUGAAGCCAUUGAACACCUUUGUUAAGCUUUCAGACACUGUUAGGUGCUUCAGCUUCUAUUCUGUUGAAGAUUUUGCAAUUUAUGGAAACUUGGAGCAGCUAUUUGAGGUUAAGGGUCAAUUUGUUCCUGCUUUAUUCAUAUUUGGAGACUCCAUUUUUGACGUAGGAAACAACAAUGAUCUUGUCACCCUAAUAAAAGCUAACUUCCCUCCUUAUGGGAGGGAUUUUGUUGACCAUGAACCAACAGGACGAUUUUGCAACGGGAAAUUAGCUUUAGAUAUCAUUGCUGAGGGACUUCGCUUCACAGACCAUCAGCCCGCUUACAUGAAUGACAAGGCUAAUGGGGAAAUGUUGUUGAUUGGAGCCAAUUUUGCAUCAGCUGCUUCCGGUUAUUAUAAUGCUACAGCAAUUUUAUAUAAUACCAUCUCUCUGAGUCAACAGUUGGAGAACUACAGAGAGUAUAAAAAUAAGUUGGUGGAUAUUACGGGAAAAUCUAAUGCUUCUUCCAGAAUAUCUCGUGGAAUCCAUCUUAUUAGUGAUGGGAGCAGUGACUUUCUUCAAAACUAUUACAUUAAUCCUUUAUUAUUUACCACCUAUACUCCAGACACAUUCUCAGAUAUUCUCCUUAACUCAUAUGAUCAUUUCAUUCAGAAUCUGUACGAGCUUGGAGCAAGGAGAAUUGGAGUCGCGACUUUGCCACCACUUGGGUGCUUACCAGCAGCAAUCACAGCUUUUGGGCAUGGCAACAAUCAGUGUGUGGCUAGGUUAAAUAACAAUGCGAUUUCAUUUAACAACAAGCUCAAGCACAGGUCUCAAAGGUUAACAAGAAGGCUUUCUAAGCUUAAGUUGGUUGUCUUAGACAUCUACAAUCCUCUUUACACCCUUAUCACAGAGCCUGCUGAGAAUGGUUUUGCAGAGGUAAGAAGAGCUUGUUGUGGGACUGGAUUGCUUGAAACGUCAAUACUAUGCAAUCAACACUCCAUUGGAACAUGCUCCAAUGCAUCUCAAUAUGUUUUCUGGGAUAGCUUUCAUCCUACAGAGGCGGCAAACCAGAUUUUAGCCCAAAAACUCAUUACUAGUGGAAUGUAA